AUGACGGUUUUUGGGGCUAGUCACCGCAAGCGGAUUGAUGACGGGAGAGGUUUGAGGCAGGAGUUCGUUGAUCAGUGUCCGGACCUGACGAAGGAAGUCUACCUCCAGGACAUUCACUGUGUCGGCUCGCUGUGCAAGCUCUAUUUCCGGGAGUUGCCAAAUCCACUCCUCACCUUCCAGCUUUACACCAAAUUCACAGACGCGGUAUCAUGCCCGUUGGAAGGAGAACAGUUAUCGCGGAUCCAAAAUGUCAUCCAGGAGCUUCCUCCGUCACACUACAGGACUCUGGAAUACCUGAGCCGACACUUGACACACAUCGCCUCCUUCAGCACCACCACCAACAUGCACAUCCGGAACCUGGCACUUGUUUGGGCACCUAACCUACUCCGAUGUAAAGAGAUCGAGGAUUCGGGGUGUAACGGAGAUGCAGCGUUUCUUGAAGUUCGGAUUCAACAGAUUGUCAUCGAGUUUAUCCUGAAUAACGUGGAACAGAUCUUCAGGAAUGAUCCACCAUCUCCCAUCAAACAGAAAGAAGAGGACCACUUCCCCAACAACAAGGUUCCAGAAUGCCGGAUAGUGAAAAGUAUGACCCUACCGUCCGGAUCGCUACCCAUGAAGCUGGUCAGCCUGGAGGAGGCACAGGCCAGGAGUCUCUCCGCCACUCACCCUGCCCGAAAGGAGAGACGGGAAAACAGCUUACCCGAGAUCGUACCGGUCACCGGGACCUUAUUCCACACGGUCAUCGACCUUCCAGAAAACAAGAGGAAACUGUCCACGAAGUCUAAGAAAUGGAAAUCCAUAUUUAACCUGGGCCGUUCUGGAACCGAGUCCAAAUCCAAACUGAGCCGCAAUGGCAGUGUGUUUGUUAGAGGACAGAAAGACAUGGGCGAGAAAGCUACGAUCCGACCUGCUAAGAGUAUGGAUUCCCUGUGCUCUCUUCCUGCAGAAGGUGAGGAUGAGAAAGUGAGCCGACUCAAAAGGUCUGUGGGCACUGGUGGGUUCUUCAUACCUGUCCUCAAGUCCCGUGCAACUGGAACAGGCAGCAAUUACGAUGUCAGCAAGCAAGACAGUGAGUGGGAUGGUGAAGAAGUAGCCGGGGCCACAGGAGGUUCUAACCAAGACAAAGCCACCAAAAUGUCUCAGACGAAGCAGCCGCCAGAGCAGAUGAAAGUUUUCCGAAUUGGGGACGAUCCUGAGAAUGAGCAGAACUCUCCGAAAGGAAGAAAGAUGUUUUAUGCUGCCAACGAUGGCUCCUCUAAACCCGGCUUCCCCGGAAGCCUGUUUCCUUUAGAAGCUUCUCCAAGACACCAAAGAAAAGCUUUGAACAUCUCAGAACCUUUUGCAGUAUCUGUUCCCCUACGUGUGUCCGCGGUCAUCAGCACCAACAGCACUCCAUGCAGAGCCAGCUCCAAGGACCGACCUCUUCUCUCUAGCCUGGAGGAACUGCCUCUGAUGGAGCCUGACUCAGGGCCAAGAUCUCCAGACUCAAAUGGCAAAUCUGGUCUGAAAACAGGAUCUCGUUCUCCGGAUGUAACUGAACCAGUAAAGAAAAUUGAGCCCAGGAGGCCUUGCCUAAAAGAUCUAAGCCCAGACUUAUUUGAAGAAGAUAACAGGACUUUGACUUUGAAGGAGAUCUUACUGGAAAUGUCUCAGUUACCCGAUAUCCUACCGAUUGCGGCGGCAGACAGGAAGACGGUGGAACACACUUUUGUAUCGCUCAAUAUGUUACAUGAAGCCAUUGAAUCAGAACCCAGCAAACCAGUAGAAGUUGACACUACUAAGACCUCACCGGAGAUUACCCCAACUAAUGACCUGCAUAGUCUGUUCCCCCGUGACCAGGAGGACGAUACAUCUAUCACUCUCCUGGAUCCUCUUUGGUCAGAUAUACAGCAAGAGUUGAAGAUUAUUGAGUCUGAAGAAGAUCUUUCUACUUCCACAGGAACUCCACCGGAUUCUAACCGAGCUCCGUCACCGUCUUCCCAAAGCAGCGAAGCUGUAAAAGAAGACAGUCCUUGUGAUGGAGCAUCUGAACUCAGUAUGGGGAAGGAAAUCCUUCAUUCAUUAGACACAGGCAGCAGUAACCUGGCAGAGGAAAGCAGGAACCAAAAAGAAAAUGUAAUUCCUCCAAAUACAGAACUGGAAAAUGACAGCAAACUACCUCAAGAAACACAUGACUGUAAAGAGCAAGAACAAAGACUUGUUGAUGGGCGUGAGCCAAAGUCCACCCCUGAAGCUCCAAGUGAAGAGAUUGCCCUUGGUCUUUUAAAGCCCGUGGCUGCUGAAAAAGAGAGAAGGAUAAGUGUUGCAAAAGAAGGUGAUUCUGUAAUGAAAAGUGAAGAAGUGCAAGUGAUUUCUGAUAGGAUGGAUGUAAGCAAAGAGGACGACAGGGAUGAUAAGUCAGAAGAAAGAAAAUCGAGCGAGUCUUUAGACAAUGAUGAUGAUCUUGGAGGAGAGAGUGCACAUACAUUUGAGCUUGAAGAACUGUGGGAAGAGCACCAAUGGGUAACCAGCCCGCUACAUUCUCCAAAAUUAAAGAGUGUUGUAGAGCCACAGGCACCAGCCAUACCACCAAAGAGGAGAGGAACUACAGGGGAGCUAUAUAAAAGGCCGGAGUUUACACGCAGCUUAUCCCUGGACAGUAAAGACACUCGGACGAGUCAAUGGACAAUAAAAUUGUCAAGUAUUAAAGCCGAUGGAGGUUGUUACCGUAGAUUAAGGAAUGAUCAGCUAAUAAACCAAAACACUAAAAAUGAACCACAGCAUGGGCAAGUGAAAUCCAGACAUCCUGAAAUGUUGACGGGGGGAAAUGAAAUUGAUUCAUUGCUUAAAACUGAAGACAUUGAUAAAAGGCCGUGUAUUGAACCUGUGAUAGACCGUUCAUGGGUGAAGGACAACGGGCCUUUGAACACUACAACAGUAUCUCCACAAGUACCAAUAGAUCCCUUAGAUAAUCUGCCUAAUGUCAAUGUUCAGGAGAUAAAGCCUUCAACCCACAUUUGUAAUAAUCAUCAAACAAAUGAGAAUUGUAUUGCCAAUGAAGGAUCAUCAGACGAGCCUGAAAGUCAACCUUCAUCUUUAAAAUCAGAUUCAUCCUCUUCAUCUGGAGUGAUUUUUACAUUUGAAAACACAUCCGCCCAGAAUCCUGAUGGUACAAAACAUCAGCAGAUCCAUCAGUCCACCGCAAUUACCACAUUAUCAAUGUAUGAUCGAUCAAAAAGUUUGAAUGACCAUCCAUGUUCUCACCAAAGCAGUGAUUUGGAUUACUCCUCAGCAAAUCAUGCUCCAACGGGACGUCGGAACUCUGCUCCGGUGAGCGUCUCGGCGGUUAGAGCUUCAUUUAUGAUUAAAAUGUGCCAGGCCAAAGCUGUUCCAGUGAUACCACCACAAGUCCAGUACACUCAAAUUCCUCAGCCAUUACAGGUGCUUAAUGCAGAUUCAGAAGUUCUUCCUCCUGAGAAAAAAGAUUGUGAGCCCGACUCGACACCAAAGCAGACUUCGUCCCAAGUUACAGGACAUAACGACAUUCCAAAGACUCCAAAGACUGAGGUCAAAGCUGUGGAGGAAAAAGAGAACAGUGAUCCAGUUUCUGCAGAUCAUUCCACUCCAAACUCCUCUUCUGAUAACAACCGCAGCGUUCCUCAAGAUGUUCCGGUUCUUCGCCGCAAACGAACUUCAGAUGGGGAAGCUUCCGGCGACACGCCUUUUUCAUCCAAAAUGGAUCGUCCUUCUGGAAUUUCAAAGUCCUUUAGGUCCCGGCCAGGAAGGCCUCAAAGCCUCAUACUGUUUAGCCCACCUUUUCCCAUUAUGGACCAUCCUUCAGUUGAUUCCAGAAUUCUGCUAACCCCUAUAAAAAGCCCAACUCAGUCUACCCCACAGGAGUCCGCGGGAGAAAACCAGAGGACUCCAGAUGGGGUCAUUCUCAGGAAUAAAAUGACAAUCCCCAAAAACGGGCAAAGACUGGAGACGUCCACCAGCUGCUUCUACCAGCCGCAACGGAGGUCUGUCAUUUUGGACAGUCGGAGUGGUCGGCAAAUCGAGUAGCAGCUCGGAAGCAGGGUAUAAACAUUGUU